GUUUAUUUUGGACGAGCCAAUUGACUUCUGUGCCUCAAAAGCAGCACUCGUAUCUAGAGAGAGAAACUGCAUAAAUUAAUAUAAUCCUUGCUCAUCAUUUCUAUAUGGCAACACAACAAGACGAAGAAGAAGCAGAAGAGAUUAGCGCAACAAUGGAACCUCAUCUCUCCCUUAAGCUGGAUGCACAACUCCACAGCGCUCCAUCAUCAGAUACUCAAGAUCCACCUCCAAUUCUAAAUUCUCAUAAAGGAUUCAACACACAAGAGCUGACGGUUCUGCAGAUGAAGAUGAAUCGCGUAAAAGAAGAGAACAAACAGUUACGAAACGCAGUGGAAAAAACUAUGAAGGAUUACACUGAUCUGCAGACAAAAUUUGUUAUGAUCCAACAAAAUAGCAAAAACAAGGAUCCCAAUACGAUUGAAUCGGUGAUCGAGAAGGACGACGCGGCCCCGAGGCGGAGAUCGGCAUCGGAGGAGGGCGCGGAGAACGACGGAUUAGGGUUGUCUCUGCGGGUGGCGAGCAGUUGCAGUAAUACACCGGAGGAGAAAAGGGAGGAGAUCAUGGGAGCAUUCAGGCCAACUCUGCACACCAACAACAUGACUGGAAUUAUGAACCAUAUAAAUUCUCCACCUAAUAAACGAGCUAGGGUUUCUGUCAGGGCAAGAUGUGAUUCAGCCACGAUGAAUGAUGGAUGCCAAUGGAGAAAAUACGGGCAAAAGAUUGCAAAAGGAAAUCCUUGCCCUCGAGCCUAUUACCGUUGCACUGUAGCUCCGGGAUGCCCAGUGAGGAAACAGGUCCAAAGAUGUCUAGAGGACAAAUCAAUACUGAUCACAACAUACGAAGGGACACACAACCAUCCUCUUCCAGUAGGGGCGACGGCGAUGGCAUCAACAACAUCAGCUACAUCGCCGUCGCCUUACAUGAUGUUCGAUGUGAACAAUCCCUUCCACAUGCAAAACAACCAAGUACAACAUUCUCCUUUUUACAACCCCCUCAUAAAUCCCUCUUCAUCAUUCAUACCAAACCUAAGACCCCUAAACCCUAAUUACUAUGACCCCACAAAGGGCAUUGUUUUGGACCUCACAAACAACCACCCUGGCUCCUCAAACUCCAUGCCCCAAUUAGGGUAUUCUUUGAUCCCUAAACCACCAAACUUCAAUGGGAACACACAGCUUUUUCCUCACCCUAAUGCAUUAUUACAAGAUCAAGAUGGAGGGAAUUUCGAUAAGACGACAUCGUUGUCCGAAAAUGUGAGUGCAAUAACUUCUGAUCCUAAGUUUAGGGUUGCUGUUGCAGCUGCCAUUUCCUCACUCAUCAAUAAAGAGAGCCAAACAGUCCCUAAAGAUGGGGAGAGCGGUGGCAAUAGGGAUAAGAGUUGGAUUCUUGAAUCCAGUAACCCUAUCCAUCAAUCGCCAACCGAAUAAUUAGGAUAAUUUUUAUAUGUUAUUUCCUGCAGUGUUAAUUAAUGUAAAUUUAUAGCUCACAGGUUCUAUCUAUAUUUUUGUAGUGAUUGGUUUUUUUCUCAAGUCAGAGGAUAUAUUCGGUUACAUUAUAUAUAGUGAACAUUAAAUUAUGCUAUGUUUUUCUGGGAUUUA